ACCCCUGUACCCACUAUGAGGGAACAGUGGUGGGUCGGGCAAAAAUGGGAGCCAAAGGUGAGCAGGAUACAGGAGCCAACGGGCUGUACAGCGAAGGCUCCGGAAAGUGCACUCAGGGAGAGAGAAGCUCUGAGCGACGAAAAAGCGCCAGCAACUGGGCACGGUGGCCAACCCGGGACGAGGCACGGCCGCUGUGAACCAGCCCAGUCACCCGUUCGGCUGCGCCACGCUCAAGAUGGCGCCCGGCACCAGCCCAACUCCGCCACACUCUUCUCGCUCUCGAUUGGUGAGGUGGGCUGGCAGUCUGUAACACCAGCCAAUCAGCUCUCCCGCUGCGGCUCCGAGGGCGGUGCCGCGACCUGGCCUUGGCGGAGGGUGUUUUCCGGCUGUCACGGAAUGAGCCACCUGGGCCCGUGUCUGAGCCCACGGUGCCUCUUGCGUGGGCCCUGGGCGGUGUCGUGGGGGCUGCGCCGCGUCUCGGUGGCGGCCGGUCUGCGCCAGGGCCCGGCGGGCUCCAGCACCGCCUCUCCCUCGGGCAUGGAGGAAUUGCUGAGCCGCGCCGUCCCGCCACUGCCGCCCUACGAGACCAAGGAGAAGGCGCCGCCCCCGGCGGAGCUGCGCAGCGCGGAGUUCGUGCGGUUCUACCGCGGGCUGGCGGCCGGGGCGCCCCGCGCCGAGCUCCUCACCCGCUUGGCCCGCGACUUCGGCGUGGACCACGGCCGGGUGGCGGAGUUCAGCGCCAAGGUGCUGCAGGCCCGGGAGCAGCAGCGGGAGCCGGGGGCCCUGCUGCAGGCCGAGGACCGGCUCCGCUACUACCUCAACCCCCAGUACCGGGGGCUGUUCCAGCACCUGGGCCGCCUGGAGGGGGGGCUGCGCUUCCUCGUGGAGCUGAGGGGCGACCUGGUGGAGGGGCUGGCGAGCAAGGCGGUGGACGGGCCUCAUGUCAAGGAAAUGAGUGGAGUUUUAAAGAACAUGCUUUCGGAGUGGUUCUCAACAGGAUUCCUGAACUUGGAACGGGUCACUUGGCAAUCACCUUGUGAAGUACUCCAGAAAAUUAGUGACUCUGAAGCCGUGCAUCCUGUUAGAAACUGGGUUGAUAUGAAGCGUCGAGUUGGGUCAUAUAGAAGAUGCUACUUUUUUUCUCACUGUGCAAUCCCAGGAGAGCCCUUGAUAGUCUUGCAUGUUGCACUAACCAGUGACAUCUCCAGCAGCAUCCAGGCCAUAGUGAAAGAAGUGCCACCUUCAGAAACAGAAGACACAGACAAAAUUACAACAGCAAUUUUCUACUCCAUCAGUUUGACUCAGCAGGGGCUGCAAGGUGUGGAGCUUGGGACUUACCUCAUCAAACGGGUUGUAAAAGAGCUGCAGAAAGAACUUCCUCAGAUAAAAACUUUUUCUACUCUUUCACCUAUCCCGGGGUUCACAAAGUGGCUUGUUGGUCUCCUCUCCUCACAAACAAAAGAACUAGAAAGAAAUGAACUUUUUACAGAAUCAGAGCGGCAAGAAAUCUGUGAGAUCACAGGAGACUCUACUACUGAAACACUAAAGAAACUCUUAAAUAACAAUGAGUGGGUGAGAUCAGAAAAAUUAGUCAAAGUGCUCCAUUCGCCAUUGAUGAGACUCUGUGCCUGGUAUCUGUAUGGAGAGAAGCAUCGCGGCUAUGCUCUUAAUCCUGUAGCAAAUUUUCAUCUCCAGAACGGCUCGGUGCUGUGGCGGAUAAACUGGAUGGCGGACACGAGCCCUCGGGGCAUCGCUGCUUCUUGUGGCAUGAUGGUCAAUUACCGCUAUUUCCUCGAGGAGACUGCCAGUAAUAGCGCGGCCUACCUGGGGACUAAACAGAUUAAAGCCUCAGAGCAGGUUCUUUCCUUGGUGUCUCAGUUCCAGCAAAAUAGCAAGCUUUAAUUAAAUAGUAUGAAAACUAAGAACUAGUUCCUUGCCUAUAAAGAUCUGUAAUAUUUCACAAUUUCUAUAUUUAAAUGAGAAUGUCUAUUAUAAACCAAAUGUACUCAGCGCAGUGGGAUGCCAGGUGAUCUAGGUUAUCUGUUUUCUUGCUUACAUUGCCACAUACUCAAAACCUGAUUUGCUGUGAUUGAGUCACUGCAAGUUCUAGACAUCUGUUAUGUGCAAAUGAGUUGGAGGUCUGUAUUGAAGGCGGGGUAAAAUUCUGUCAAUCAGUUUCUCAGGGGUAGCUUGAAUGGAAAAUACUUGAAUCCUACCGUUAUUCUCUUGACAAUAAACCUGUAUAAACUGUGUCUUUGAAAGAA